CACCGGGUCUGCAGGGCACUGCUUCCGCUCAGUUGCUAAAGCUGCUGCCUCGUGGGCUGCCGGGGGUUGGUGUCCUGGGGGCUUUGUCUGACUGGGCUGGUCUAGGACGGAAUGGGGAUUCCGGUAGUGCUGUUAGGGAUGCUGAGCUUCCUGGGAGUGGCUGCGGGGGUCUCCUCUGCCCUCCGCUGGGACAGCACCUCCUGCCACUUGGUCAGGCCCAACCCCGGCAGCCCCUUGGGGACACUGAGCUUCCUGGGAAAGGAUGCCCAAGGACUGGCCCUGUUCCAGGCCCACUGGGACAGGCACGGGAGGCUGCAAGCGUGUAGCUGGCGAGACGAGCCAGAGCUCACCGCAGCCUUCAGUGCCCUCUGUGCUGGUGAGAUCACCCGGGGCUCCUUCAUCCACACUCCUGGACCCGAGCUGCAGAGAGCCCUGGCCACACUUCAGAGUCAGGGGGGCGCCUGCCGAGGGCCUGAAGAGGGUCCAGCAGGGGCUAGGGAGAAGCGAGCAGCAGGGACCAGGGAGGAGCAAGCAGGACACAGCAGAGCACCUGGCAGCAGAAGACCCCAGCGGGUGAAGAGAGGCUGGACCAUGCCUGGCACGCUGUGGUGUGGAGUAGGGGAUUCUGCUGGGAACUCCUCGGAGCUGGGGGUCUUCCAAGGCCCUGAUCUCUGCUGCCGGGAACACGACCAUUGCCCACAGAACAUCUCGCCCUUCCAGUACAACUAUGGCAUCCGAAACUACCGAUUCCACACCAUCUCCCACUGUGACUGUGAUGCCAGGUUCCAGCAAUGCCUGCAGAACCAGCAGGACUCCAUCUCGGACAUCGUGGGUGUGGCCUUCUUCAAUGUGCUGGAGAUCCCCUGCUUCGAGCUGGAGGAACAGGAGGCCUGUGUGGCGUGGUACUGGUGGGGAGGGUGUAGAACAUAUGGCUCCAUACCCCUUGCCCGCCUCCAGUCCAGGAGGACCUUCUACAAUGCCUCCUGGAGCUCCCUGGCCACCCCCGUGACUCCCAGCCUCCAGAGCCCAGCCCCCAGCAGGCCUCCGCAGAAGCAACGUUCUCAGAAGCGGCCGCCACAAUGGAAAGGGUCUAAGCACCCCCACAAAACCAACACCACAGCCAUCCAUGUCCCCGUGGCCUCCACCAAACCUGAUAUGUCCCCCACAGCCUGGCUGGAGGUCACCCAUCCAGGCUUCCAGGGGCCACAGAAUGGCCUAAAACCUCAGGAUGCCCGCCGGGCCUGCCGCGGCUUGCGCCGUCUGGAUCAAUGCAAGCAGCAGAUCGGGCCUCAGGAAACCAAGUUCCAACUGCUCAAUAGUGCCCAUGAGCCCCUCUUCCACUGCAACUGCACACGUCGUCUGGCACGCUUCCUGAGCCUCCACAGCCCAGCUGCGGGCACCAACAUGCUUUGGGAGCUGCUAGGCAUGACCUGCUUCAAGCUGGCCCCUCCACUGGACUGUGCUGAGGGCAAAAGCUGUUCCAGAGACCCUAGGGCCAUCAAGGUGACAGCCGGGCAUUUGCAGCGACUUCAAAAGAGCCAACGCCGGCUCUGGGGUGUGGGCACAGGUGAGGGGCAGGUGUGGCCUUCAGAUCACCCAAGAGCCGCCAUGUCAUUCUAUGACCGCUGCCUGCAGCUGACCCAGGCAGCCCGGAGACCCAUAGGGCAGCAGAAAUCCUAGAACGGAAUGAUCUCAGUUCCGGCUCUCCUGGGCACCAGACUGGACCCUGCCCCUAGCUCUGCUAGGCCCCAGGGAGUCUUGGCUUCCUCUCCAUGUGUUAGACUGAAGCAUGGCUCGGGCCCCUGUGGACAGCCAGGCGGCAACGAGAGUCAAGGCUAAAAUGCUGGACCACGUCUUCUGCUGUGCUGAGUGAUCUCGAGCUGGUGACACAACCCCUCUGUGCUUGGAUGUGGUGUUCAGGAGGCACAUUCUGAUGCCCUGGGUUUGGGCCUUGCCAGAUGGGAAUGGGGAAAGGGUAACUUAUUACAGCAGCCUCAGGAGGUACCAGGAGGAGGUACACGUAUCUCCAGGUUGCAAAAUGAACACAUAUCUCAAAAGCCUGUCCAAGGAGCCCCAAGCACCUACUUGCUGAGGCCUGAGGCAGCAGGUGGGGAAUGGGAUGUCACAGAAGCGCCUGUAUCUGAAUCCAGGAAAGGGGAGGGUGCUAGGGGGUGCUUCUCAACUCUUCCCUGGGGGAUCCCUUCUCAACAGCUGCUGUGCCCUUCCUGGCCCAGCCCUGGCCCAUUUUUUACUACCCUAAACCCAAAUUCAAAUCUCCUCUGUGUCCUUGAAUGAGGGACCUUUCCCACUCUGAGCCUUAGUAACUCCUCUGAAAAGGGGCAGUGUGACCAGGACCUACCUCAUAGGAUUGUUGAGGAUUAAGUAAACCAAUACAUGGAGAAUGCUUAGCACCUAGUAAAUGUUCUCUCCCUCUAACAUAUAGCCAGACUGUGGUUAGGCAUCUGAUUCUGAGAGGUUCACCUCCUGGAGGCCUCAGUUUGCCCACCUGUGAAAUAGGUCUAAGAAUUGCACUGAACACACCGCAACUCAGGGUUGUGGUGCAGAUUAAAAGAGAUGGCAUGUGUAAUGUAUACGGCUGGUUCCUGGUAAUUGUCAGAUCUAUCAUCCUCUUGCCUCUUUAGUCCCUUCCUCUGACUACCCCCACCCCCCGACUGCUAACAAGUUAGGAAGGAGUCAGGAGUGAUGCUGGAGAAUUUAAUUUCUAAUUGAUGACCUCCAGGAUUGCAACCCGCCCCCCCAUCUCAGAUGGGGGCCGAUAGGGCUUUGCUGAUUGUCACAGUUGAGGUGCCAGGACUGAGUUUGGGGGACCCCACUUGGCCACCCCUCGCCAAGAGAGUGGCAGGUGCGGAUGAAGCUGGAGCAGCAGCAAAAGGAACACAGGUGGGUUUGCAGGAGAUCAGGGCACAGUGGCGGCCACCUGGGCCCAUCCACCCACCCACCCUCAGGGCCCCAGACCCCCUUCCUCCAGCCCCUGCCGGCCCUGGCUACUGGGGGCUGGGGCCUCCCGAUUAGGUCCCCAGGAACCCCCACCACCAGGGUCGACGGUCUCCAGGCGCAGGGCAGGCAGCAAGCCGAGGCUUCGAGGCACAGACGGUGGGAAGGCCCAGGGACCGGGCAGCCCAGAGGGCCCCUCCUCACUACUGCCCCGGCUGCCACUGUCAUUACUCCUGUCGGGGGCCACCCGGGGCAGGCGGCGGCUCUGGGGUGAGGGGCUUCGGUUGGCACCACGGCGUUCACGGGAUGAAGGCCGCAGGACAAGGCCAGGGAAGCGGGCCAGGCCUGGGCUGCGGCUACGGUGUCUCUUGGACUUGCCAGGGCUGGGGCUACGGGACUUGGAUGCAAGCAGCUCCAGGGUACUGUCAUCCUCAUCCUCUGAACUGGCACUUGAGCUGU